UGUGUGUGUGUUGUUUUUGGUAGUGUGCGCCCGCGUACAAAAAUAUACAUUAAAAAUUAGCGCAAAUUAAAUUGGCUGGCGUCACGAUACACGGGAGGGAGUAUACGGCUUAGUAAUCCAAGGCUCUUAAGUGCAAUAAAGCACACAUAUACUCUUAUUUCUACGCUAAGUGCAUUUACUAGCCUAACAAAAUGAGCAAGUCGACGGGCAAUGCACCACCCCAGUUCACGUAUGUGCCGCCGCCAUCUGCACCGCCGUCGUACCAGGAGGCAGUGGGCGGCGUGAAGCCAGUGGGCCCGUACACUCCCGUGGUGGCGCCCGCCACCGCCGGAAAUGCCACGAUUGUGACCACAGUGGUACCCAUUAGCCGCACAUCGACGCAUAUGAUCUGUCCGUCAUGCCAUGCCGAGAUUGAGACGACCACACGAACUGAGCCCGGCAUGAUUGCCUAUUUGUCUGGGUUUGUGAUUGCACUGCUGGGAUGCUGGUUGGGAUGCUGUCUGAUACCUUGCUGCAUCGACGACUGCAUGGAUGUCCAUCACACGUGCCCCAACUGCAAGGCGUAUUUGGGCCGCUUCCGCCGAUAGGCCUAGGCGCGUGCCAACGUGUAAUGCUUUUAAUUUAAGCAAGCGUUUUGCCUUUAUUUAUUUAAUUGUAGUAAUGUCAUUUGGAUUCCACAAGCGGAAGCGAAAGCGAAAGCGCAUGAAAUGAAAUGAAACAAAACAACACAAAACAAAACAAAACAAAACAAAACAAAACGAAACGAAACGAGCCAAUGCUUCCAUUUAAUCAAACGCUAAUACUUGCUAAAUUGCUCAACGCAUCCUUAACGACGAUUUCUUUCUUGUUUGCUAGUAUAUGUUCUUGAUGGCACGCCCUACACACACACACACACACGCGAAUGAUAGCUUUAAAAAAAAUAUUUGUACAUAUAUUGAACGCUGCUCCAAUCGAAUCCAAUCCAAAACACAUCCUCCACUCCACUGACAGAAAUAUGUAUAACGAAUCUUAAUGUACUUAUACGUAAAGUAAACCAUGAAAUACUGAAAUACUUUUGCACAAAAUUCAGUUUCCGG